AGAGGCGGCAAGAGUGACAGCCGCACGCCAACACUCAGAGACCUGCCAAAGCCACACAGUCCAGGAUCCAAGCUUCCGGGCCCCCAGCCCCCAGAUGUAGGCGUGUCAGCCACCUGGGAUGACUCAUGCCCUGGCGAUGUGGGCACCCAUGCCAAGAGCGAGCCCAGGCACCCUGCCCACUGGCGGGCACACCACAGGCCAACGGGGAGUUCGUGCUCUCCAGGGGGUCACCGGGCUAUGACCCCCAAUGUUGCCACCUUGCCUGCAGAGCGCUCCCUGGCGCCCACCUCCGAGGUCCGCGGACGCAGGUGUCCUCUUCCCAUCCUCCUCCCCCAAACCUUACUGGGGAAGCGGGAGAACCAGACGAGGCAUUGCGCAAGGCCUGCUGUUUACCUCCUGCACCGGCCUCCUCCCUCCCUAUAAAACCUGACUCGGUGGGGAGACGCGCUGAGACGCAUCUGGGAAAGCCAAGGCAACCCGGAGAGGGGCAGACCCGAGGCGCGAAGUGAAUGCGGGAGGCACAGCCAGGGGCGUCGAGUCACCUCGCAGCGGAGGCAGACGGCCACCUGCGCGCACGGAGGCGGCAGCGACGGUCCAGGACCAGGGUGCGCCCCGACCCCGGCUUCCCAUGGAGGCUCCAGAGCUGGGCCCGGGGCUGGUGGAGCGUCUGGAGCAGCUGGCGACGUGUCCGCUGUGCGGGGGUCCCUUCGAGGACCCGGUGCUGCUGGCCUGCGAGCACAGCUUCUGCCGCGCGUGCCUGGCGCGAUGCUGGGGGACCCCAACGGCGCGCGGCGCGGAGGCGGCGACCCCCGCCUGCCCCUGCUGCGGCCGGCCGUGCCCCCGCCGCAGCCUGAGGUCCAAUGUGCGGCUGGCGGUGGAGGUGCGCAUCAGCCGCGGGUUGUGUGAGAAGCUGGCUGAGUCCGGGGCCCGCGCGGGGAGGCGCCGCGGGGGCCGCAUCCCCACCAUGGGUUGCUUGGAUCCUCAGGGAGAGGAUAUAAGGAAGACGUGGAGGCGAUUCGAUGUCCCAACACCCAAGUCAUCUAACACAGAGGAAGAUCUCCCUGAAGAUUACCCUGUGGUCAAAAACAUGCUUCACAGACUGACAGAGGACCUGACCCUGGACCCCCGCACAGCCCAUCGUCGCUUGCUCAUCUCCUCCGACGGGCGUGCUGUCAGCCUGGCCCCACCCGGAUCGCCCGCGCCCUUGGAUGACCCCGCACGCUUCAACCAGCUGCCAGCCGUGCUGGGCGCGCAGGGCUUCGCGUCCGGCCGCCACUGCUGGGAGGUGGAGACGGCGGAGGCGGCGACCCGCGGGGACUCGGCGACUGAGGACGCGGACGCGGGGGAAAGCAGCUACGCCGUGGGCGCAGCCGGGGAGUCGGUGGCGCGCAAGGGCCGCGUCCAGUUGUGCCCCGCCGAGGCCGUGUGGGCUGUGGAGGGCCGUGGGGGCCGCCUGUGGGCGCUCACGGGCCCCGAGCCCACGCUGCUGGGCACCGGGACCCCGCCGCGGCGUAUCCGUGUGGACUUGGACUGGGAGCGGGGCCGCGUGGCCUUCUACGACGGUCGCUCGCUGGACCUGCUCUUCGCUUUCCAGGCCCCGGGGCCGCUGGGGCAGCGCGUGUUCCCGCUGCUCUGCACCUGCGACCCACGCGCCCCGCUGCGGAUCGUGCCCGGGGAGGGCUGAGUCUGGAGCCAGCGCCAACCCAGGCCAGCCAGGCCCCUCGAGGCUGCUCCUCUGGGGUGCGGGAAUCCCGUUUGAGUGACCGUAUCAGCACUCCUAUAGCAGGAGUGUAAGUAAGCAGCCUUACCCAUUCUUUUUCCUAAAGGAAGACCUCAACUGGCCAGUAGGCUUGCACACCCAUGCCCUGAGCCAGUCCAGUCCGGUCUCUCCAGAGUCCCAAUGCUCUAACGGUAAUCCUUCCCAACAGAGUUCUCUUUCUGCAUCCUUCCAUGCCUGGAUGGAAAGAGGCUGUGACUGUACCAUCAGUACUGGCAGUCUGUGUUUACUGCAGAGGGACCCACCCAUCCCAAAGGCUCAGAGCCUGAUCCACAGCUGGAGGGGCGGGGUGGGGGAUGGUGGGCUGGUCCUGCUCCUGUCCAGUCAGGAUUCCCCUUCAGAGAAACAAGAGUGUACUCCUAAAACAAGAGGGUUGACUAGUGACCUAAGGCCUCUGACUAAGCCUAUACUUUUUUUGGGGGGGGGGUGGUGAGAUGCCAGUUCUCCCUCUAUCCUUUUAGGGCAGUUUUCUAUGCUCACAGCCUUUUUUUAUUAAACACCCUCUUAAAACUCCUUGCACAUAAAACACUGGUGCUACACUACCUCCCUCCCUUCUCAACCUGGGUACAACCCAGACACCCUGUACAGUCUCCCAUCCUCCCCAUGUGUAUAAAUGGACCCGUAUUUAACACACUGUAUGAUGUUGGGUUAUUUAUUUUGUGCAUCUGUGGCAAUAAAUGAGAGUUCAAUGGUGGCAUGGGUUUGACUGAUCUCUAAACUGUGCACAGCAGAGGCCUAGAGAACCAGGCCAGAUCCCAGGAGGGUGGGGAGGGCUGAGAGCAAGACACCUGGCCUGGUAGAGACAGAGCCUAGGAAGGAAGGAUAGGAGUGCACCAAAGGG